AUGUCGGCCGCCGUCAAGGAUCCUGCCUGCGGCGUUGCCGCCGCGAGGAGUCUCGGCUCCAUCCUCUCCCACGACGAGACGGCCUCAGGCCCAGGAAGCGGUUCAGCUUCUCGCCCUCUUCACUCUUCCGCGGGGCCCGACACGCCCCAGUGUCAGUCGCGUUCGAAGGCAGGCUGCCUCGCUUUGACCCAGCGCGGUGCGAUUCCUGGGUCAAGCGCCUGCGAAGUCUCCACGGCGUACGGUGAGCGGAACCGCGACGCCAGAUCCGGUCUCUGUAGAGAGUGCGCGACGCGCGUGGCCGACGGCUGCUGCGCACGAUGCGGCCGCGAGUGUGUUGCCGAAGCUUGUGGCGGCGCCACUCCGUCUGCGAAGCGUGCGAGAACGGAACUUUUUUUGGCGGAAAAAGGGGCCGCGCGCGCCUCCGUGGACCCGUGCUCCACGAACGGGGCGAGCAGCAGCCCGUCGCGUCUGUCCGCGAAGGCCCUCGUGGCGUCGCCCGCAAAGUCGGGCGACUCUUCCGUUCCUCAAGACUCUUCGACACCCGCACGCGUUUUUCCGUCUUGGUGGCUGCAACAGCGCGAGCACCUCCUCGAUCAACAGCGUCGGCUCGCCAGUUCUCUGCCGUCCAUACACCCUGCGGCCUUCGUGGACCAACAGCAAGACUCACUCGACGCCCUCACGCGUCACGGCUACCGCGUGAUUGCGGGGUCGGCCUCAGAUCCUCUCGCGGACUUUGUCGACCGGUACGACACCUUCCUUUUUGACGUCGACGGCGUGCUCGUCAUGGGCGGCCAGCAGUUCGCAGGCGCCCCGAGUGCCCUCCAGGCUCUUCGACAAAAAGGCAAGCGCGUCAUCUUCUUCACGAACGGCGCGAGCAAGAGCAGACGAACGUGCGUCGCGCUCCUCAGAAAAGCGGGCUUCGAGGCCCGCGAAGAGGAGAUGAUUUGCACCAGUUAUGCGGCGGCGCAGUACAUGCGUCUGACGCAUCCCCACGUUGAGAAAGUGAUGGUUAUCGGCGAGAAAGGUCUGCAAGAAGAGUUCGAGGCCGCGGGAAUGGCUGCCGUUACAGCGGAUGCGCAUGCCUUGGCCCCGGGCUCUGCCGCGCCGUCGCCCCUCGCGAUUUCGUCCGAACGCGAUUUCCUCAACAUGGCGCAGGCCCUCGAUCCGUCAGUCGGAGCGGUCGUCGUCGGCUGGGACCGCCAGCUGUCCUACGCGAAGCUCUGUCUAGCUUCGCUGUAUCUCCAGAGAGACAACGGCGCGUUGCCUUUCAUAGCAGCGAACCGCGACGCGUACGACGUGAUUGGCGGCGCCAAGAUGCCGGCCAACGGGGCUGCCGUGGCGGCUCUCGAGCUCUGCAGUUCUCGGCAGGCCGUAUGUGUGGGCAAACCGAGCCCGUGGCUGGUUCAGUUCCUCUUCAACAAGUUCAACCUCGACCCCAGGAGAACCAUUGUGUGUGGAGACAGACUGGACACGGACAUAGCCUUUGGCAAGUGCGCCGGCAUCGACACGUGCCUAGUGCUCACGGGAUGCACAACUGUGGAGGACUUGGUCGGCAUGCCUGCGAACCACGCUAGUGCGCCCACCGUCGUGCUACCCCACGUGGGCGUGCUUCAGACCCUCAAGUACGCCGACCCAGAGAGAGAUCGCGUGGACGUGACGACCGCCGAGAGCGGCGGCAACUAA